CUGAACAAAAAACGCCUGAGAGGCGAGGGGGGAAAAGGAAAAAAAAAAAAGGAAAACCCAGGCCGGAGAUGAAAUCCGCCGACAGCACUAACGGAAUGACAGUACAUUGUGGAAGGGGGAGUGGACGAGUGGAAAUUCACGACCCCCGAUUUCUAUUGUAAUCUUUUCAGCCAGCGCUCGGCGUUAUGUUAGCGCUGUAGCUAACGGUUGCUAAGCUAGCCACGGUUUUCUUCGGGGAAAAUUGUCCGGAUGCUAUCUCAGCUAGCUAGCUAGCUAGCUUAGCUCGCAGACGUCAGUUAGCUAGCUCGCUGACAGUCUUCACUGACGGCGUGCACAACGGAUGCCGCGCCGCGCUAACGUCACAGCUAGCCAAUUCAUCGGGGACGGGGAAAAUGGGAAGGAGCGUCUUUAAAAGCGAGGGCAGGCAGAAUGCGGGGCUCCCGUGUUGAUUAAACACAAGCGACGAGGAAAGGGAGAGCGCGACCAAUAUUUCCACCUAGGCCAGUUAGCUAGCUUCCAGCUAGCUACAGUGGAUCCCAAAAGCCACGGCGCUGGCGAUGCCGUCAAGUGUGCGGGCAGGGAGCCUGAAGGACCCCGAGGUGGCUGAGCUCUUCUACAGGGAAGAUCCAGAGAAGCUUUUCACCGACUUGAGGGAGAUCGGCCAUGGCAGUUUCGGAGCUGUCUACUUUGCCCACGACAUCCGCACCAAUGAGGUGGUCGCCAUCAAGAAGAUGUCUUAUAGUGGCAAGCAGUCCAAUGAGAAAUGGCAAGACAUCAUCAAAGAAGUCAAGUUUCUCCAAAAGCUUCGUCACCCGAACACGGUGGAAUAUAGAGGCUGCUACCUCCGAGAGCACACGGCAUGGUUGGUGAUGGAGUACUGCCUGGGGUCGGCCUCUGACCUGCUGGAAGUCCACAAGAAGCCCCUCCAGGAAGUGGAAAUCGCUGCCAUUACCCAUGGUGCACUGCAGGGUUUGGUUUACCUUCACUCUCACAACAUGAUUCACAGGGAUGUGAAGGCGGGAAACAUCUUGCUCACGGAGCCUGGUCAGGUUAAACUGGGAGACUUUGGCUCUGCCUCCAUCGUGGCCCCAGCCAACUCCUUUGUGGGAACACCGUACUGGAUGGCUCCUGAGGUGAUCCUGGCCAUGGAUGAGGGCCAGUAUGACGGCAAAGUGGACGUGUGGUCACUGGGCAUUACCUGCAUAGAGCUGGCGGAGAGGAAGCCCCCUCUAUUCAACAUGAAUGCGAUGAGUGCCUUAUACCACAUUGCCCAGAAUGAGAGCCCUGUGCUGCAGUCCAAUCACUGGUCGGAUUAUUUCCGUAACUUUGUCGACUCCUGUCUGCAGAAGAUCGCCCAGGACAGACCUACCUCUGACGUGCUACUGAAGCAUCACUUCCUAUGCAGAGAGCGUCCAAUGACAGUGGUGAUGGACCUGAUUGCCCGGACCAAGGAUGCUGUACGAGAGCUGGACAACCUGCAGUACCGCAAGAUGAAGAAGAUCCUCUUCCAUGAGGCGCACAAUGGACCAGCCCCAGAGGGAGGGGAGGAGGAGGAGGAUGUGGAGCAGUACCUGCUACGUACUGGGACUGUCAACAGCAUGGAGAGUUCCCAUUCCCUACCAUCGAUGUCAAUCAGUGCCAGUUCCCAGAGCAGCUCUGUGAACAGCCUGGCUGAUGGUUCAGACGACAGCGGAGAGAUGGCCAUGAUGCAGGAAGGAGAACACACUGUCACCUCCAACAGCUCUGUGCUGCACAAACCAUUGAGUCAUGAUAACAUCUAUGACGACCCCUACCAGCCAGAGGUGGACUCCCAGCGCGAGGCCUCCUCUGCAGGAGGAGGCGUAGGUGGAGGAGGGGUUGGUGGGGGUGGUGGAGGAGGAGGGGGUAGGCGUCGGCGGGGAAGAGACCACUUUGCCACCAUCCGAACAGCGUCCCUGGUCACUCGGCAGAUCCAGGAACAUGAGCAGGGUUCCGCCCUCAGAGAGCAGAUGUCUGGGUACAAGCGCAUGCGCCGGCAGCACCAGAAGCAGCUGAUGGGCUUGGAGAACAAGCUAAAGGCUGAGAUGGAUGAACACCAAUUGAGGCUGGACAAGGAGCUGGAGAAUCAGAGGAACAGCUUUUCUGGAGAGGGAGACAAGCUGUCCAAGAAACACCAGGUCAUCCUGGAAAAGGAGACGAAGGCAGGCCUUACAGAGGAGAAAAAGUUCCAGCAGCACAUCCUGGCCCAGCAGAAGAAGGAGCUCACCACCCUGCUGGAGUCUCAGAAACGUCAGUACCGCCAGCGCAAGGAGCAGCUAAAAGAGGAGCUGAACGAGAACCAGUCAACACCCAAGCGAGAGAAACAGGAGUGGCUUGUGCACCAGAAGGAGUGUCUGCAGCAGCUGCAGGCAGAGGAGGAGGCAGGGCUCCUACGGAGACAGAGGCAAUAUUAUGAACUGCAGUGUCGUCAGUACAAGAGGAAGAUGCUGCUAGGACGACACAACCUGGAACAGGACCUUCUCCGAGAGGACCUGAAUAAAAAACAGACUCUGAAGGAUCUAGAAUGUGCCAUGCUGCUCCGUCACCAUGAGUCCACCCAGGAGCUGGAGUUCCGUCAGCUGGGUGUGGUUCAGCGGACACGGGCGGAGCUGAUUCGGACGCAGCACCAGACGGAGCUCUCCAACCAGAUGGAGUACAACAAGAGGAGGGAGCAAGAGCUCCGCCAGAAACACGCAGUGGAGGUCCGCCAGCAACCCAAGAGCCUCAGAGUGAGUGAUACCUCCUCCCACAGCCAGGAAGAAUGCUGGGAGACCCAGGAGCCAGGAGACGCCCUGGGCAGGGGGAAGGUGGAGUGUGAGGUGGAAGAAAUGAGCGGGAAAGACGAGGAGCAAUGUGAGGGGGAGGUCGAUCUGGGAGGUGACAGAGAGGAGAGAGGAGAUCAGGGGUUGUGUGGUGUUGAGGAGAUGAAACUAGAAGAGAAAGAGGAGAGAGAGGUAGAGGGGGGGCAGGGAGAGGGUGAAGAUGAUGAAGAUGGUGGUCAAGUUCAGUUAGAUCCUGAGGAGGAGGAGAGAAGGGGUGUGGCUGAUGGCUGUCCAUCAGAAUUAGACUCCUCUCCCUCCCCGGAAAGGAGGCGGUUCCGGCAGCAGAAUGUUGACGAACUGUCCGACUUUUAUUUUCCCGAUGCCUCAGAGGACCUGGACCCCCCACACACUUCCCGACCACCUCCUCCCCCAUCCCCCCUCCCCUCCCUACUCUCUCACUCUAUAUGUCUCCUCCUCUCUCUCUCCACUGCUGCCCAGCCCUCCUUCCUCACCCUGCCCCUCCUCGCCACCUUCCUCCUCUCCCUCCGACGCUCCCCUCCCCUCCCCUCACUGGCCUCUCUCCUCCUCUCUGCGGAGCUCCUCCUCCUCUCCCUCUUCUUCUCCUAUCUCUUCCUGCGCUCCUGCUGCUGUCUGUCUGUCUCCUCCUACCUGUCUCUCUCUCUGUGGGGAUGUGGUCUGUUCAGCCUGGGCAUGUCUCUCAGCUUGGGGCUCUACUAUGUCCCCGCCGUCUUCAUCACGGUGUCCCUCCUCAGUUCCCCCUCCCUCUAUCUCUCCCUCUCCCUGCUUCUGGUUCUUCUAUUCCUGCUGGUUCUGCUGGUGUGGCCGGCCCACCGAGUCCCCCGCCUGUGCAUGCGCCUACUCUUCCGCCUGCCACGCCCCCUCUUCGCUGUCUGCCAGUCCCUUUUGGGUGGGGUGGCCGAGCGCAACCUCUACGAAAUGUUCCCCAAGGCAGGCCGCAACUGGGGCGUGCGCCGGUCGAAAAUCCCAGUCCCUCUGAGGAGCCUGCCAUUAGAGUACCAGGUCCACCAAAACCGCAGCUCCCCAUUAGCCAAGGCCCUCCUCUGGGCCAGGAGGUUCAUCAGAAGGCCCAUAGGGCUCCUGGCUGACCUGGCUAACUCUUUCGUGCUAAAGCUAGCUAGCCGACUCCUCAAAGAACUGCCCCCUAGCUGCCUGGCCAAACUGCAUACGCUGGGCCUUCUGAGAAAGGAGAAACCAAGCCGGCUCCCACUCCUGCUGCCCAGGGAGGUGAGGGAGAGAAGACAGAGGGAGAGAAGGAGAAGAGAGAGGGAAAGAAGAAGAAGAGAGGAGAGGGAGAGAAUGUUUCGCGAGGAGGGGAGGUGGGAGUGUGGGUUGAGGAGAACCUCCUCAGGGAGGAACAUAAGAGGGAAGGUCCGACCGUGGAGGUAAAGCAGAGAACAGGGACAGAGUGCUGGUCUUAUUGUUAUCUUAAAAACAUGCUGAGAAGUGCAUCAUCUGAAUUUGAUCACCACACAAGUCGUGCUUGUUUUUCUUUGAAUCUGUGGAUUCUGAUUGGCUGCUUAAGCACCGCAGCGUGAAAAUCCAGCCAAUCACCGUCACUGCCAGUGACAUUUAAACCUUAUUCACUAUUCUACUUUUUGUAAAAGUUUUGUUAUAUUUUGUUAUUGUUUUUUUUUUUUUUUAUCAUUCUGCUCUUAAUUUGUAAGACAAAUAUUUUUGUGGUUAUUGUGAAGACCAUGUUUGGGCGAUCCUUGUCUUUUUGGAAGCCUUGUGACUUCCAACACUGUAAUCCCUUUAUUCAUGUCAGUUUUCCACAGGAAGUUUCAAUCAGUUCACCUGGACACGUUUAUUUCGUCACUUAUCUAAGUGACCUCUUCAGUACCUGGAUUAUGAGCAUGCAUGAAGUUCACUUCACCCCACCACUGUCGUUUCGCCCCCUGUGGUUAUAGGCCAAGAUGAUUUUACUAAAGCCCCUCAACACUAGUUAUUGGCCAUCGGUAAAAAAGUGCAAUAAGCAGCCGCUUCAGUCUUCAGCCCGCCGUGGUUAAUUCUUACAAAUACUGUAGCAGGGUGUUUUGUUACUGGGUUAUCUGGUGUGAACUAAGUCAACUGGAAAAGCUUUAGAAAAAGAUGUUGUGUAAUGGAAGAUGAACUGUAAGGUGUUGAAUGGCGAGGUCCUGCGGGAAACUAAAGUCUGUCUUCGCAGGUUUUCCCCCGAGCGUGGACUCUGUGGUGGGAACGGUUUCAAUUAUAUGUGUUGUUUUUCAGCUUUUACUAAGAUAGAUAUGUUUAUUUUAUUGCACUUUAUGCAAUAACUUUUAUCAUUUACCAUGUAAACAUUCUCGCUUUCGUUCAUUUAUGCUUCAUGUGAGUCCACACCUGUUUAACAGCUUAGCUAGCCGUUAGCGUGUCGGUGGUUUAUGUGUUGAAAAAUGUUGAACUUUAUUUUGCUGUAAGACUAAAUUUACUGGCAUAUACUUAAGAGUAGUAGCAGUAUACUAGUGAAAGUUAUUUAAUUUGUCUACCAAAUUAUAGACUAAUUUAUGAAGCCAUAUAGACAAUCUGUAGGGACAUGCAAUCGUAAAUGAAGGCCAGAGACUGGUCAAACUACUGAAUGUGAAAUUUUCAAUCGAGCAUUUCAUUAUCCUGAGGAGAUAAGGCAUUUCUUUAUUAUCGAAACAGUUCUUUAAAAAACAUGAAAUAUGAGGGAGAGGGGCGUCCGGGUAGCGUGGCGGUCUAUUCCGUUGCCUACCAACACAGGGAGCGCCGGUUCGAAUCCCCGUGUUACCUCCGGCUUGGUCGGGCGUCCCUACAGACACAAUUGGCCGUGUCUGCGGGUGGGGAGCUGGAUAUGGGUAUGUGUCCUGGUCGCUGCACUAGCACCUCCUCUGGUCGGUCGGGGCCCCUGUUCGGCGGAGAGGGAAUACUGGGGGGAAUAGCGUGAUCCUCCCAUGUGUUGCGUCCCCCUGAUGAAACUACUCACUGUCAGGUGAAAAGAAGUGGCUGGCGACUCCACAUGUAUGGGAGGAGGCGUGUGGUAGUCUGCAGCCCUCCCUGGAUCGGCAGAGGGGGCGGAGCAGCGACCGGGACGGCUCUAGUGGGAUAAUUGGACGGGUACAAUUGGGGAGAAAAAAGGGAAAAAUCCCCAAAAAAAAAAAAAAAAUAUAUGAGGGAGAAUCAGUCCUCAAAGGGUAUAAACGAGAUUUGAGGAGCAUUUAUAAUCAGUACAGAAGCUGUAGUAGCUAACGCUGCUUUGACUUUGAAAACUAAACAUGCACCCAAAACUGCGUAAGUGCACAUCUAGAUUUGUUCAGUAACCAAGACCGGGAUGGAAAACUCCUGGAAAGUGUUUCUCCCGAGGUGGAAGGAGGUCGGUGAAGAGGUUGGGGUUUCCUUGUAGGAGAAGGAUGUGGACAUGUUGAUUUGACCUUCGCUGAGCUCAACAGAGAAAAGUAGGAAAGUGAUUUCUGGGUUGAGCCGAGUCCUGAAGGUCGUAGGUUUGUGUGAAAGGGAAGUCACCGUACUUCCUGUCGUAGCUUUAAGAGGCAGAUUUCACAGCCAACAAGUGUUUCCACCCCAGCAUUGUUUCGUUUGAAUGUACUUCAUGUUUUACACGUUGUUUAUUUUUCUCCUGUUGUGUUCAGGUAUGGCUUAUGUCCUGUUAAUGUAUGGCUUACUUCCUGUUGUGCGCAUGUUCCCAUGUUUGUGUUCUGCGUUUUGUCUGCACUCGUUUAUUUCCCAGAGUUUUAUCACCUCAGAGUUUUAUUUGACUAUUUAAUGGAUGCAGUAUUUUGAAGGUUAGUACUGCAUUGCGUCAGGCAGCCAUUUACUUUGCAUUUUAUUGUCCUUUGAGUGAGUCGGCACGCUGUGAGGCAGUGCUCCAAAGAAUACAAAUAUUUUGUCAAAAGAUAUUUCUCUACACACAAAAAUAAAUUGUUUUGUGUUUUAAAAAAAAAA